UUUAUGUAAUGUAAUAAUGGUGUCAGUGGCGAACCCAGCACUAUCUGCGGUCUAAAUACAAGAGAAAGAUGUUGGUCUAGCGAAAUUAAAAACAGGAAAAUAGAGAUCCAUCGGUCGCUUUUUAUUUUGUCCUUGCACUGCGUUGAUGGAGUUCGGAAGAGUCAGCAAAGCCACGCUGUUCGGACUGAAGCGGAGUGAACCGAUUCGUCAUACACAACAAGGGAAAACGUUACUCUCACAACAAAGACUGAGAUAUGAUUGACAACGGAUAACCAUACAUAUUAAAUCUAUUGUCAUAUAUAAAAGUAAGUUGGAGAUGGAAUCCUAAAGUAUGCUCAUAGUCUUGGCACACUCGGCUCAAUUUCGCAUAAACUGCCAUCGGCCUUUGGAAGCUUAUAAAAGCAGUGGUCACGAAAUGAGAUAGGAGAGCUGUUAAACUACCGGUGUCAUUUAACUUUUUUUCAUAACGUUACUACAUUUCAUGCUCAAGAAUCGAGCUCUGUAACUUUUGACAAAGGGCAUCAGCUGUUCAACUUUCAGGAGGAAGCUGUCACCGGGUGAAAGAGUCCAGCAUGGAUCUGCUGGAGUGUCCGAUCUGUCUGUUCCUCAUGUGCGAGCCCGUGACCAUGAGCUGCGGUCACUCGUUCUGCAGGAGAUGCAUGGGGGCUUUCCUGCCCUCGCGAUGCCCAACCUGCAAAGAACGACUGAAACAGAGAGAUGCGAAAAACAUCAGAAACAACGUGUUACUGUUUAGCGUCAUUGAGAAAUGUUGCCCAGAAGAGACUAAGAUGAAGUGUCACAUUCAGGAGAAGCUGAAAACCAGCGAGUUUACAGAAGCGCUUCGUAUUGCGGACGAAGGGAUCGAGAUGGCCCCGGAUGAUGUGAGUCUGAAAGUGUGGCGGGCCGAGGCUUGCAUGGGCCUCCGUCGCUUUUCUGAUGCCCUCCGUGACCUGGAUGACCUGUGCUGUGUGCGACCCAAUUGGACUGAGGGGUUCUUUCGUAAAGGGAAUGUUCUUCUUGAAAUGGGCAGACAGACUGAAGCCCUCAUCCAGUUCUACCGCUGCCUGAAGCAGCAGCCUGACUUUGCCCCUGUGAAAAACCAGAUUAAGAAGAUCUUGGAAGCAGAGGGAAUGCCUGUACCGGAAGAAGUUCCACGGAUCCUGCAUGUUGUGUCGGAGUACUUGCAAGAUCCCUGUCCCAUCACCAGCUCUGUAAGCCCCUCUUGCACAGAUACUCAGCGCUACACGCACAACAGUGCUGAAGGUCAAAGUGAUGCCGGGCAGAAUGCAACUAAAGUGAAGCAUGGUACCAGCGGCGAGUGCUGCCUGAGCCUGUGUCAGGCCGUGUCCUUCCUCCCCACUGCUGAGGAUGAUGAGGAAAUGAUGAUGAAGAGAGAGGAGAAACAGAAUGGAGGUGUGUGCACUGUGGGCAGAGAGUCCUGCCUCAGCGUUCUGACAGUGACUGAUUUUGAGUGCCCUCUCUGCAUCAGGUUAUUCUAUGAGCCAGUGACAACACCCUGUGGACACACGUUCUGCAAGAACUGCAUCGAGAGAAGUCUUGAUCACAAUCUCCGCUGUCCACUCUGCAAACAACCACUGCAGGAGUAUUUUAAGAACAGGAAGUACAACCCCACAGUGCUGCUGCAGGAGAUUAUUUGCCGCCUCUUCCCCCAGCAGUUGGCAGAGAGGAAACAGGUGCACGAGGCAGAGAUGGAAGAGCUCUCAAAUUUGACCAAGGACAUCCCAAUCUUUGUGUGCACAGUGGCGUACCCUGGCAUCCCUUGCCCGCUGCACAUCUUUGAGCCACGCUACCGUCUGAUGAUGCGCAGAUGUAUGGAGACGGGCACCAAAAAGUUUGGCAUGUGCAGCUAUGAGCAUGGCAAAGGCUUUGCAGAUUAUGGCUGCAUGUUGGAUAUUUUGGAACUUGAAUUGCUUGCCGAUGGUCGCUCCUAUGUGGAUACAGUGGGAGGAAGUCGCUUCCGAGUGCUCAGGAGAGGACAGAGAGAUGGCUACCACACUGCUGAUAUUGAGUACCUGGAGGACCAUAAGGUCGAAGGCGGCGAGCUUGAAUUACUGCAGCUUCACCAUGACAGCGUGUAUCAGCAGGCGAGAGAGUGGUACCAUCGUCUGAACAGCCGCAUUCAGGAUCAGAUCAGCCGGCAGUACGGCAUCAUGCCCGAGAAAGAGGACAACAUUCAGGCGUCUGCUAAUGGACCGGCCUGGUGCUGGUGGCUGCUGUCAGUGCUGCAGUUAGAUCCAGCCUAUCAGACCACCGUUCUGUCUUUGACUUCUCUGAAGGAUAGACUGGGUCAUCUACGCAUUGUACUAGAAUACUUCUCUCAGAGCUAGGACAGAGACACAUUAUAUGCCAAUAUUGCUGAUCUCAUCACAUGCAUGCCCCACAGAAGAUAUAUAUAUAUUUUUUAAUUUGUCACUUUUUUUUUCUUAUCAUAAUCCAUACACAAGAUCUUGUGCUUGGAUUAUACAAAGGACAGCUAUGGUAUGGGUUGGUUAAAAAUAAGAUGACUUGUUCCAGUGGCUUUACAACUAUUGAAUUAGUCAUUGAACUAAUUCCUACUUAGUCAAGCACCAAAGAAUUAAGGACUCGUUCUACACAGAACAGCUGUUUAUUGGUUCACGCUGUUCACUUCAUUAAACUUCAUCAGAGUGGA